CAGACCUCCACCCCUGGUUCCUAGCUUAAAAGAUGACCUGCUUAAGUCUGAAACAGAAAAUGUCUCUGAAUUCUUAUUUUCCUUACAAGCCUUACAGAAAAUUCACCAAGAAAUCUGGCCCAAGCUGAAAGAGCUAUAUGAGACCAGUCCCCCACCGACACCCCAUCCGUACCAGCCGGGAGACUGGGUCCUGGUUAAGUGACACCGACAAGAGACCCUAGAGCCCAGGUGGAAAAGACCACUCCAAGUACUCCUGACCACACCCACCGCCCUGAAGGUAGAAGGCAUUGCGUCGUGGAUCCACUACACCCACGUCAAGCCAGUGGACCCAACCUCCGACCUUCUGGGGCCAAUCACGGCGGCAGCUGAAGCACCGGACACGUGGACUGUGGACAGAGCUAAGAACAACCCCUUAAAACUCACCCUGCGCCGGCAGCAUAGCUCACUGCAAACAUGCAGUUAGGUAGUCUAACUCUAACAUUGGUUGCCCUAGUGGCCGCUGGGGAAAACAUAAAGCCAGCUCCUAAUCCCUUUGUCUGGAGAUUCUGGCUUUAUGAAAACCAAACCCACCCUGGGCAACCUCAUAAGCCCGGGAAACUAGUGGCCAGUGCAGAUUGCCCCUCCUCAGGGUGCAAUAGCCCAAUUUUACUAAAUUUUACCGAUUUCCCAGUAGCCAAACCAGUGGCACCAAUAAUAUGCUUCGAGUAUGAUCAGACUGAAUACAACUGUAAGCACUAUUGGUGGCACCAAAGUGCCGGCUGCCCUUAUAACUAUUGUAACAUCCAUAAAUACCAAUGGUGGGGUGGAAAAGAACAGAUAGGUCCCAGAUGGCCCUUCCAUCGCAGACGAGAUAGAGACCUUUCAUAUACAUGGAUAGUUAGAGACCCCUGGAACUCCCGCUGGACCACGCCUCAACACGGGGCUGUAUACUACUCCUCCGCCUCCACAUGGCCUAGCAGUCACCUCUAUCUGUGGCAGGGUCUAGUGCAGGUACGGCCCCUGGUCCAUGGAAAUAUCCAGCGACAAGAAAACCGCCUGACACAAGAUUUAUGUCCUUUUUCCGGGUUAAAAUUAUUGCAAGAAGGAUUAGAACUUGCCAACCUUACAGGACUUCACAGCCUGUCUGGCUGCUUUCUGUGUGCCACUCUAGGGUGUCCACCGCUAACCGCUGUCCCCCUGCCAUGGGGAUCCUCCACCUCUGCCCAAGCUAACAACCACCGAAACCUCUCAUAUGCCCCUAUCCCUAACGUGCCACUAUACCUAAACCCCAGUCAAGAAAAGUUUCCCUACUGUUUCUCAGGAACUAAUUCCAGCCUCUGCAACAUCACUGCAACGCCCCCUAACAUCACCUUAAGGGCUCUGUCAGGCAUAUUCUUCUGGUGUAAUGGAACAUUAUCUAAAAACCUAUCAAGCCCCUCUGUUACCAACCUACUGUGUCUUCCUGUCACAUUAGUUCCCCGGUUAACUCUACUUACUGCCGGCGAGUUCCUAGGGUAUACCGGUAACUGGACUAGUGCUGUUAUUCACCCAGACCCUAGACCGAGACCUGCACGAGCCAUAUUUCUCCCCCUCAUUGCAGGAAUCUCCCUCACUGCAUCCUUCAUGGCGGCCGGACUGGCUGGGGGAACCCUAGGUCACACCCUCAUAGAAAGUAACAAGCUGUACCAACAAUUUGCCGUUGCUAUGGAGGAGUCAGCUGAGUCCCUUGCCUCCCUCCAGCGGCAGCUCACGUCCCUAGCACAGGGCUCGUGGAAGACCGGGUCCAACAGUUACGCAAGUUAAGCACAGAAGUAAGAACACGGCAGUUUGCUUCAGCUGCAGACCAAUGGUGGAACUCAUCUAUGUUUUCUCUGUUAGCCCCCUUCCUUGGACCCCUGCUGAGUCUACUAUUUCUGCUUACCGUAGGA